AUGUACCCGACCAACCUCAACAGUGGUACGGGCUCUGCAGCACCUAGCAGUAUUUCUCGUUCCAGCAGCCCAGCAGGUUCCAGCAGUCCAAUCGCUUCCAGCAGCCCAGCUGGUUCUGACAGCCCAGCCGGUUCAGGCAGCCCAUUCGGUUCCAGAAGCCCAGCUGCCCAGCAGCCGGCUCUGAGAGCCCAGCCAGUUCCGGCAGCCCAGUCGGUUCCGGCAGCCCAGCUGCCCAGCAGCCAAGUCGCUACCAGCAGACUAGCCGGUUCUGACAGCCCAGCCAGUUCAGACAGCCCAGCUGGUUCCGGCAGCCCAGCUGCCCAGCAGCACAAUCGCUUCCAGCAGCCCAGCCGGUUCUGA